GGCCGUGACAGCUCCGAGUCAGCCGGGCCGACCCGCCUCCCCCCGCCCCCCGGGACGUCCCCGGGCCCAUGGCCGAGCCGGACGGACCCCUGAUGCGGUGAUCCCCGGUCGCUAAGGACCUCUGAUGCCGUGAUCCCCGGUUGCUAAGGACCCCGGGUGCCGAGGACCCAGCGUUGCUAAGGACCCAGUCCCCGGCCCUUCUGGGAACGACGAGGACAGAGACUCGGACACUCAGGACUCGGACUCAGACGGCGAGAGCGGCACGGCCGGGGAGACGGAGAUGGAUUUUCUGCGGAAUCUCUUCUCCCGGACCCUGGGCCUGGGGAGCGAGAAGCGGGAGAAACUGCUGGAUGAGCUGACGUUGGAAGGCGUGACCCGCUUCGUGCAGAGUGACCAAUGUAAGAACGUCAUCUGCCUGGUGGGCGCUGGGAUCUCCACUUCCGCGGGCAUCCCGGACUUCCGCUCGCCGGGCACCGGCCUCUACGCCAACCUGCAGAAGUACAACCUGCCCUACCCGGAGGCCAUCUUCGAGAUCGGCUACUUCAAGAAACACCCAGAGCCUUUCUUUGCGCUGGCCCGCGAGCUCUACCCUGGACAGUUCAAGCCCACCGUGUGCCACUAUUUCAUCCGCCUGCUGAAGGAGAAGGGCCUGCUGCUCCGCUGCUACACUCAGAACAUCGACACCCUGGAGCGGGUGGCCGGACUGGAGCCGGAGGACCUGGUCGAAGCGCACGGCACCUUCUACACCUCACACUGCGUCAGCGCCCUGUGUCGCCGCGAGUACAGCCUGGCCUGGAUGAAAGAUAAGAUCUUCUCCGAGCUCACCCCCAGGUGUGAAAAGUGCCAGAGCCUCGUGAAGCCGGAUAUCGUGUUCUUUGGCGAGAGUCUCCCCGCCCGUUUCUUCUCAUCCAUGCAGUCGGACUUCCACAAAGUGGAUCUUCUCAUCAUCUUGGGGACAUCCCUUCAAGUCCAGCCCUUCGCCUCCUUGGUCAACAAGGCCCCCCUGCGCACCCCCCGCCUCCUGAUCAACAAGGAGAAGACCGGCCAGAGUGAUCCCUUCCUCGGGCUGAUGGGCUUAGGAGGCAGUAUGGACUUUGACUCGGAGAAGGCCUACAGGGACGUGGCCUGGAUCGGGGACUGUGACGCCGGCUGCGCUGCCCUGGCCGACCUCCUGGGCUGGAAGAAGGAGCUGGAAGAGCUGGUGCGCAGGGAGCACGCCCUCAUCGACGGGAAGGCGGGCGGCUCCCCGCCCCCUGCCCCCAAGGAGAAGGCCGGAGCCGGAGGAGCGGGAGCAGCAGGAGGAGGAGGGGGAGAGAAGCCCAAGUGAAGGGGCCCAAGGCGCCCGGAGCCCCAGGCCUCGGCUAACAGGGUGGCUCCCCCGGAGGGCCCCGGGCCCCGGGGUUCGGGCCGGCACUAACCGUCCCCGGGGGAGCCCGGAUCCCCGGGUCCCUAACGCGGCCCCCCGCUAACCCCGAGGACCCAACUAACUACUAACCGGUGGCGGGCGCAGGGGAGGGGGCAGCGUAGACACUGACCGACUGGAGCAGAAUAAACCGAGUGGGAACGGCCAA